AUGUCUAAUAUGGACACAGCUCGCGUCGUUAGUUUUCCAGUAGAAAUAGACUUUGAAGAGAAGAGUGUGCAAGGCAACAGCGAAACCAAAGAUGAAAGAGAAGAAGCUAUUGUUAUGGCCGGUGGACUGACCAGAGCCCCCAUGAAUCAGGAUGAGUUUGAUAAAAAAUUCUGUUACAAUAAUCCGGAGCAAGAUUCCAUCUACCGGAAAAGAAUUUCUAAAUUCUUCAAAAAGUAUUAUGAACCUUGUACUUCUUGGAUAUCUUUCAAAUAUUCGUUCCUGUCUUUCUUUCCUAUUUUCGAAUGGCUACCGCGUUAUAGCUGGAAAGAAGAUUUACUGUACGAUUUCGUAGGUGGUAUCACUGUUGGUGUCAUGCAUGUCCCACAAGGAAUAGCUUACAGUUCAUUAGCAAAACAAGAAGCUGUUUCCGGCUUGUACACGUCUUUUUUCUCUCCUAUUUUGUACAUGAUUUUCGGAACUUCCAGACAUGUUUCAAUGGGAUCCUUUGCCAUUGUCUCUCUGAUGACUGGAUUAACAGUAGAAAGAAUGACGAACUCCUUAUCAGUUAACCUGAAAACACCAUUAGCUAACGAAGUGUCAACUGCUCUGACGCUGCUUGUGGGAUUGAUGCAAGUUUUGAUGGGCUUUUGCCAGCUCUCAUUCAUGAUGUCAUACUUCUCGGACCAGGUCAUAGCCGGCUUCACUACAGGAGCUUCUUUUCACGUCCUCAUUUCACAGUUGAAAGGUGCUUUCGGAUUGGGGAAGCUUCCAAAACGUCAAGGUCCAGGCAACUUACUGUUUAAGUUAUACGACAUUUUAAUGAAAAUUUCUUCAACAAAUCUGGUAACGCUGGGAAUAACUACGUCAACCAUGGCUCUAUUGGUGGUUGGGAAAGAUUAUAUAAAUCCUUGGAUCAUGAAGAAAAUAAAAAAGGACUUACCUGUUCCUUUUGAACUAGUGGCUGUUAUUCUCGGGACAGUGUUCGUAGGACUUUUCAAUCUUCAUGAGAAUUAUAGAGUAGCUGUAGUUAAAACUAUUCCUACAGGGAUACCUGUGCCAAGUGUACCAAACCUAUCACUUUUUCCUAGUUUGAUUCCUGAUGCAACUGCUAUUGCUAUUGUUACAGUUGCAAUACAUAUAUCACUAGCAAAAAUGUUUGCAAAGAAGAAGAAAUAUAAUGUUGAUCCUGGACAAGAGCUGUGGGCUCUUGGGUUCUCUUCAGUUGGCAGUAGCUUUAUGCCAGUCUAUCCAUCUGGGGAUUCACUUGGCAGAACUUUGGUCAAUGUUUCAGCUGGAACUAGAACACAGUUGUCCACAAUAUUCUCUUCGGUCCUCUUAGUAUCUGUCAUCGUUUACUUCGGCAAAUGGUUGGAAACAUUACCCAUGGCAGUCCUAUCAGGCAUUAUCAUAGUUGCUUUACGUGGAAUGGCAAGAAAGUUUAAAGACUUACCUACCCUAUGGCCUUUAUCUAAAAUAGACUUUAGCAUCUGGAUAGUCUCAUUCGUAGCUACAGUUUGCAUUGACGUUACAGAAGGACUGGCCAUUUCAAUUCUUUACGCAUUGUUCACCACAAUUAUGAGAGAACAAUGGCCUCGCUGGCACUUACUUGGAAACGUCAGUGGAACAACUGACUAUCGAGAUUCUGAAAGAUAUCAAGACGUUUUUUUCGUGAAAGGUAUAUGUAUCUUCCGUUUUGAUUCUCCUCUACUUUUCACAAAUGUCGAAAGGUUUAAAAAAACCGUAGAAAAAGCUUAUAAAGAAUGGGAAAGAUCUCAUGAAUUUUAUAUUCUUCGAAGAGAAAGAUCUCAAAUAUUCCUUGAUCCAUCAGUUCUGGAACACGAAAUUACACAGACGACUAAUGAUAGCAGUAGUAUAAUGUUGUCCCGACAUUUCAUAAUAGAUUGUUCUGGAUUUACGUUCGUGGACUGCAUGGGCGUUAGCUCGUUGAAAGAGGUUUUUGCGGAUAUGAGAGCCAAAGGAAUCUUGGUAUAUUUCGCAGCAGCUAAAGCUCCUGUACGAGAUCUGUUUGAAUCUAGCGGGUUCUUUAGCUUUGUAACCAAGGAUAACUUCUACCCUACGAUUCGUGAUGCAGUCGCCAUUGCCCGCAGAAGACAAUUAGUUAAGGGACACUUCGAAGCGUUGUACACUCCAGAACACGAUCGUUUGUCAGAAAUUAUCAGCUCUCAUCCAAUGGACUAA